UCGUGAUAAUUCGAGUGAGAACAGGUAAGAACAGGCAAGAAGAAGGAUCUUGCGCGUCGGAUAGUGCGAUGUACUCGAUGUAGAAAGCGCAUAUGCGGUCAGCUACUAGGCAGCAGAGUAGGGUGAUCCAGGCGAUGCAGCGUGUUGUGAUGCUCGAGAUGUCAUUCGCUGCAUAGUGAGUGGUGGUACUGGUGGACCUGGUGGGCAGGAGAGCGAGAGUGAGAGAGGGAGAGAGGGACUGAGAGAAAGAGGGGAGAGAGACAGAGACGGAGAGAGAUUCGGAUUGGAGAUAUUUUUCUUCUGCGAGCGGGUAUUUGUGUGAGAGAAGAAAGACUAGAAGAGGAAAAUCUUCCCGAGCUCGUGGUAGCCACGAUGGACGAUCGCGAGGUGAAAGAUAAGAUGAAGGAGCUCGUUGAGAAGUUUAUCGAGGUGACGGGCGAGAGCGAGGCAACGGCCCAGCAGUACCUGACGUUGGCCGAUGGAAACGUGGAUAUGGCAAUUAGCCUGAUGUUCGAGGGUGGCAGACCGCCGGAGACCGAGAACGCGGAUCCCGAGCCGCCCGUGAGGGCUCCUAUAUUACCCACGCGUGAGACGCUAGUGCCUUCGGAGCCGAUAUGUUCAUUGCCACAAUUGUCGAACAACGUGUAUGACAGAUUCCGUGAUUUUGCUGCAGAAACCCGACGACAAGAGGAAGAGAUGACUCGCAGAGUAACUGGCACAAAGCACAUAUCUCAAAAGAAAACGAAGCGACUGGAAGAUCUAUUUAGACCACCAUGCGAUAUUCUCUUCUUGGGUUCCUUCAUGGAAGCACGGGACCACGCGAAAACUUUAAAUCGUUGGCUGCUCGUCAAUGUUCAGGAUCCACAGGAAUUUUGUUGCCAGAUUCUCAAUAGAGACGUGUGGUCCAACGAGCAUAUCCAAGAAAUUGUGAAGGAUCACUUUAUCUUGUGGCAAGUCUUGUCUAACACUUCGGAUGGGAAACGUUAUAUAGAUUUUUACAAAGUGAUGUCAUAUCCUUAUUUGGCGAUUGUAGAUCCUAGAACGGGAGAAUGUAUGAAAACUUACAAAAAUAUUACUGUAGACAGUCUGAUAUCUGAUUUAAAUGAUGCAUUAAGCACACAUGCAUCUCCCGAAAGUUCACAAGUUACAUCUGACUCUUCCAAGGAUUGGAAUAGUUUUCCUACGAAAACGCCGCCAAAACGAAAUAAUAUAGCUGAUCAAAUGAAAUUGGAGAAAGAAUGUGGCAUACUUUCUAGAUUUUUGGAAAGAGAUGUCAAAGAUUUGUUCUCCAAAACAGUUCAAGAUUUUGGAAAUGGCAAUGUAAUAUCUGAUAAUAUUACAAAUUUGAAUGGUCCAGGUAUGACUAUUCCAAGUAGCAGCAACGCUGCUUUUAAAAAGAGAAAGCUGAAUGAAAAUGUGACUAAGCAGCAAAAAGAUGAAAAAUUAAAAUCAGAUGAUACAGCUAAAUCUGAAACUGCUAAAUCUGAAACAGCUAAAUCUGAAAAAAGCGACGAACCUUCUCUACGUCUCUGCCUACGAUUGCCAAAUGGCGCAAAGGAAACAAUAUCAAUGUGUGCAACAAACACCAUAGAAGACUUUUUAACUAAAAUGGAGGAAAUGGGUUUCCCAUCAACCGAGCACACCUUUUUGGUGCCAUUCCCAAAAACAAACGUUGGUGCACUGUCCGCAAAUACUCGUCUGCUAGACACAAUCUUGUUUCCAACGAACACAGUAUUCAUAACGAAGAUAUAGUAACAUUCUAUAAAUGAAUCAUAAUUGCUUCCAUUAUACAAUUUUUUUAUUUAGACUGCAUAUGAAACAUUUAUUUGAAAUUUUUUUAUUAUUUCUACAUUUAUUUUAUUUCCACAUUACUACGAAAGUUUGUAAAAAUUGUGUAGUUAAAACUUUAAUGUUGGAUCUCUGUUUCUUGAAAUUAAUUACGUCUUUUAUGUUUAUUUAAACAGGUUUUAAAUUAAAAAGAACUUUUUUUUUAUACAAAAAUGAUAAAGGCACUGCCAUUCAGUGUUCAUGUCAUACAAAAAUGCAUUCAGUAUAAUCUUGUUAUCUUAAAGUAGGAUUUAAGAUUAUUGCGACUUAUAUGAAAGAGAACAGUUGCAAACAUUGUGCGUAGUAACUGCCGAACGAUCGUCGUGUAAUAUUACUUUUAAGUUUUACUAUUAUCAUGUUCGCAAAUCUCACAAGUGCCGUCCAUGAUGCGUGACGCAGCCGUCACAAAACAUUUCUUUGGAACAUUUCAAAAUGGCACAUACGGCAAAUUGCUACAUCUUUGGCAGUCAUUUUAUACUAUUAUUACAUAAUAAAACGUUUUGAAGCAUUC